CUUAGAGAUGUCGCUAUGCUUAGUGUGGGAGACGGUUUGACAGGUGAAACGUUAGCAGCGGCAACUUGGUUUGGUUAUCAAGGCAACUUAACGUGGAGAAGCUGCGGAGGAGCGUUUGAUGUGUCAAAAAUUUCAUUUACAAUGUUUAAUUAGCAAAAUUACUUGAUGAGAAUGUGAACUGUGAGUGAGAUGUGCUAGAAUGAAAGCUGCCACUCGUUUUUAUAUUUUGAGAAACCGAUUCUCUUGAUAGUAUAGUUCUAACUUCGGAUUUUCGGUAUGUAUUACUUUAAGACGGGCUUUGUGAACUGUAACAGGACAGUAAGGAAGAUCAGAAGACACUCUGAACAGUAGUAUUGCUCUGUAUUUCUACAGAGGAAACCCAGCAAGUUUGAAAUAACUGCUGCAGUUAGUGCCUCUGCAGGUUUAUUGACAAAUUUAUGUGCAGUUUUUUAAGCUACGAAUCUUUCGUACCUGUAGCACAUUAUCGGGAAUUAGGGCUUGUAACCUGCUUGUUUUAUAUUUUUUAUAUUCGUGUCGGGUGAAAAAGAAUGCGUUGCUUUUAAUGAGAGAUUGUGCCUGUUAGUACAAAAUGUGUUAUUUGUUUUGAAAAUUAGUGCAGCUUGUGUAGAGACGAUGGCAUUUAUGAUGAAGAAAAAGAAAUACUACAAGUUUCAAGUAGAAAUUUGCCUCGAAGAACUGACAGCGGUACCCUUCGUCAGUGCUGUUUUGUUUGCUAAAGUGCGGCUCCUGGAUGGUGGCAGCUUUACGGAAACCUCCAGCCGGGAAGAAGUGCACGAGCACACGGUGCGAUGGGGCGCGAGCUUCGAGUUCGUGUGCAAGAUGAGCGCCAAUGCGUCCACCGGCGUGCUCGACCCCUGCAUACUGAGGGUCUCCGUAAGAAAGGAAGUGAAAGGCGGAAGAUCAUUCCAGAAGCUUGGUUUUUGUGACCUGAAUCUUGCCGAGUUCGCCGGAUCCGGGGAGACGACUCGAAGGUACCUGCUAGAAGGAUACGAUACCCGGCAUAGGCAAGAUAAUUCUAUGCUGAGAGUAUCCGUUAAAAUGAAUAUGCUGUCGGGAGACAUUUUAUUUAAAGUUCCGUCGCCAUCUCUAAAACAUAAACCAGUAGUUGUACAAGAGGAAGGCUCUGAGAGGAGAGACGACUACUCCAGCGGCUCAGUGGCGGGAUCUGUGGCAAGCGGCAGCUCGGGAUUUGGCAGCUUACCAAAGAAGAGGCCGGCCUUGUUCUCAUCAGAACUGAUAUCAGGAGCGGGGCAGGGUGCUACAGAACCUCAGGAACUACCAGAGGGUACAGUAUCAGUAGCACCUGAAGUUGAUGAAACUCAUGAAUUGGGUCAUUCACGAAACUCUUCCAAUACGAGCCAAAUGAGUCGUGCCUCGGGAUACAGCUCUCUAAAUAGCCAGUCCCAACACAGUAGACAAAGCAGUUCUGGUGACUCGGGACACAUACGGUCCCCAUCGUGGCCGGUUUCGGUGCUGCGUAUGCAUCUGUGCACUGAUGUUGCUUCCUUGAGCAAUCCUACAGCCACCUCUUUGAGCACUCAGUCUCCACCAAAACCUAUAGUGUCAGAGAAGGCACAGUGGCAUUUGUGGCCCAGCUCGUGGUCUCUCGGUCUGGGCAGCAUGUGGCGUCAGCGUAGCUCCUUGUCUCCAUCUAGCUGCAAAGAUAUACCUUCCACAUCUCCCUCCUCAAUGUAUUUUAAAAGGUCUGCUCCUGGUGCAUUCCAUUUUCCUCCUUGGGCUUCCCCGCGCUUUUCACCCAAAGCUGCCUCCUCUCCUGGCAUGUUACAUCAGCACAGUCCUAGUUCCAUUAGAAGCCUGGAUUCCUCUGAAGGUGGAUAUGGACACAUCGAAAGAAAUCCUAGCUCUGGCUCUGGACUAAGUGAAACUGGUUCUCUUGAUCGUGCAAAGGCAGCAAUGGAACGACGGAAAAAGGCAGCUGAAGAUGUAACAGUUCCAGGUCGUGUUGAAGUGACACGAGUAAAUCCUGACAGCCUGAUCGAUGAAUUGAUUAGGUCAACAAAUCUUGACCAACCUGAUGAAUCUGCUGAGACUUCAGGUUUGCAACUCUUCAUAGCCAAAGAUGGUACAACAGCACUAGGGUCUCAUGAAGUGAAAAGCCAGAUGUCUGCAGGUGUCUUCAAACAGGUUGUUAUGAAAUCUGAUCCAACAUAACAGAGAAUGGAAAUAUUUGAAUUCAAGGAAUGUAACACCAUGGAAUUGCAGUCAACGCGAAAGUACUUUGAAUUCUCAGGAAUUUACAUAAUCUUUUCUUCCCCUCCCCUCCCACCCCCUUUCUUUGGAGGCAAGGAUGUAUUUGAAUGUUAUGUUGUCUAUGAGUUUUUCAUAGUCUUUAAAAACACAUUCUGUAUACAUAAUUUAUCUAAUUUUUCAUAAAUUGUGAACUUGUAAAUUGCAUAUACAUUAUACAAUAAAACGACUCAUUUAA